AUGUCGGAUUAUUUGCCAAUGGACAACAGUGGCAGUCAAUUGUCUGAAGCGUUAUUUGAUAGCUUUAUUGUUCCCGACCCGAAUGCUGCUUUGAUAGACAUAUCAGCUGAAUAUGUUCAACAAAUUCCUGAAUAUUGUAUUUCAAAAAAUGAAAAUCAAACUAGAGUAGCUCGUAGCGAUAAUAGAUAUUCUCCAUAUGAUUCCCCUUCAUCUCGCAGUUCUUCAGUUAGUUCUGUUCACAGUCAUGUUAAAUUUGGUACAUAUAAUCCAAUGAAUUGGACUUCACAGACUAUUAUGGACCUAUUAGAAAGCACUAAUGAUGGCAGAUUCAUAUUAGCUGAUUCCAAAUUAAAUAAUGGUUGUCUCUCAGACGAAGGUCAAAACACUUUGACAAAAUUAUUAAUUAAUUUUAUUUUUCAAGAUCAGAGCAAGGGAACUGAUUUUUUUUUUCGAAAAAUAUCUAGUUUAAUCAUUGAAAUUUUUCCUAAGGAAGAACAGAGAGUUUACUUUAUACCGGCCAAAGCUGAAGGUCCUAAUCAAACGCAUGCCAAAGGCAAAUUGGUUGAGCGUUGGAAGAAUGUGUCUAGAAGAUUAAGGAGUGUUGGCGCUAUUGAUCUGAAUAGAAAAAAGUCUGAUUCAUUACAUAACACUGAAUGCAAUAUUACUUUUUCUGGUGAUAUUCAAGAAGCAAAGGAGUGGCUUAAAAAUGAAGGACGUUCUGCUUUGUUUGAAGAUAUAAAAGAAAAAUGGAUAUUAACCCAUGAAAUAAGAAAAACUGAGUUUCCUGAUCUGAAACUACGCAACCUUAAUGAUUUGUUUGAAUCCUGGAUUGUUCUGAAAAGUCCUAGAGGUCAUGAGCUAAUUUCCGAAGAUUUCUUUUUGGACUAUCCGAGUCAGAAAACAUUGUUUCCAGAUUGGAAAGCAUAUCUUACAAAAUGGACUAAGGUUUCUAAUAUAUUAAUUAAUGUGAGGAGAAGCUCCAUUAAAGAUAAACACGCGAAAGAUUUGUUGAGCAAAUUAGAUUCUGUGCAAAUUUAUGAAGAUAACAAUACUGCUGAUGUUAUUAAAAUUUUAUUGAUCCCAUAUCUAACACCAACAAAAACAAUCAUUAAAAAAUGUGAUGUGAGUGGUGUAAAAAAAAAUUGGAAACCAUCUUUAGAAGAAUCUGCCAGAUCUUUUAUUGUUUAAUAAAAUAUUUAUUUUUCACAGAAUAUUUCAGAAAUAGAAUCAGACAUUAUUCAAAGAAGAAAUAAAUAUUUUCAAUUUGGUUGUACUAUUCAACCAUUUGUGUACUUAGUUGGUGAAGAUUUGUCCUCAAUCAGUCAAAGUUAUGUUAGAGUAGAUAAUCAACUUUGGACAUUCAACAGCCCAUUAGAAGCUUUGGACGCUUGUUUUAAAGCAUACUUUGGCCUUAACUGUUCGUACCCUCGUGAAUGUUACGAGUCGUGGAUUUUCAUUCAACAACAUGUUUAUGGACUGAAAACAGAAUAUGACCAGCUAUCUGCCAUUACUACAUCUAUCUCCAAUAAGUUUGACAUGUUAAAUACACAGUAA